GCGUAAGAGAAGGGAAACUCUGGGAAUGUUAAGCAUGACAAGGGGUUUAAGAUUCCUGUGUAGGCCUCUGUGGCCUUUGGCCCUUUUCAACCUUCUCACGUCAGUGAAGAUGCUGGAAUUUGGCGGAGCACCAGGGCAAUGGGCACGCUACAGCCGCUGGGAAGCUGGAUCGGUAGGCGAGUUGAGCUUCAGCCUCAAGACCAACAUUAGCAAAGCCUUGGUGCUCUACCUGGAUGAUGGAGGCAACUGUGACUUUUUGGAGUUGCUGAUUGCAGGCGGGCGCCUCCAGCUGCGCUUCGCCAUCCACUGCGCCGAGCCUGCCACUCUGCACAUGGAGACACGGAUUAACGAUGACCAUUGGCACAUGGUCUUGCUCACUCGAAACUUUCGCGAGACCCUUUUAAUGGUGGAUGGGGAGACCAAAGUAGCUGAAGUGAAGUCCAAGAGAAAGGAGAUGGCAGUGGUCAGUGAUCUAUUUGUGGGUGGGAUCCCACCUGAUGUGCGCCUGUCUGCGCUAACGUCCAGCACAGUCAAGUAUGAGCCACCAUUCCAGGGGUUGAUCUCCAAUCUGAAGGUGGGGGAGAUGCCUCCUACUUUGCUAAAUAGCCAGGACAUUCAUAGCGACCUGGAAUACCUCUGUACCAAACAGAACCCAUGCUUCAAUGGAGGGUUUUGCUCUAUUCAGUAUGGAGAGGUUCACUGUGACUGCACCCACACCCGAUUCAAGGGGAAGUACUGCAAGGAAGCUGAAGAGUAUGCUGUUGAAGGUCUGGCGCACCUGACGUUAAGCAGCCAAGGCGACUCAUCUCAACUUGGUAAGGAAGAGUCAGUUGCUACCUUCAAGGGCAACGAGUUUUUCUGCUAUGACCUGUCGCUAACGCCCAUCCAGAGCAGCACCGACGAGAUCACGCUCUCCUUCCGCACGCUGCAACGCAAUGGCCUCAUGCUGCACACCGGCAAGUCGGCGGACUACGUCAACCUUUCUUUGAAGAGUGGCGCCGUUUGGCUGGUCAUCAACCUGGGCUCGGGGGCCUUUGAGGCCCUGGUCGAGCCCGUCAAUGGCAAGUUCAACGACAAUGCCUGGCAUGAUGUGCGCGUCACCCGCAACCUGCGCCAGCACUGCAGGCAUGCGUGUGUGAUAUCUGAGGAGUUUGGGGAGUUGCCGUGGUGCGUGCUUGACAGACAGGCAAGUACACUCAGAGUGACCCCCCAUCCCCCCAUCAUGCAGCACAAAAAUCACACGCCAAUCCCUCCUUCAUAG